GCAAAGUAUUAAAGAGCAGCUAAGCUUACAAUCUUGAGAGGUAUGAAUCUUAUCUCUUGCACCAAGUGAAGAGUGGACUCUGCUUAGCAGGUGAGCCUGUGGCUGCAGUCCUGUUUCAGCUGUGUACAAAGAAGGAGCUCUGACAGGUGCACUUCUGGCAAACGUUUUAUAACAGUUUCACAGUAAAAUCAAUAAUACCAAAAUGAGUGGAGUUAAAAAAGAGGAUAUGGAAGCACUUCGGGAAUGGCUGAAGAAGCAGCCACACCUUCCAUCUCUUCCAGAUGAUCAACUGGUGAUUUUCCUGCACAGCUGUUAUUACAGCAUUGAACGUGCGAAGCAAGCACUUGAUGUCUGCUACACAGUAAGGACACAUGCACCUGAAGUUUUUUCAGACAGAGACCCAAAGUUGCCCAAGGUUCAGGCAGCUAUGAAUGUCAUUGAGGCCUGCAAACUGCCACACAAAGAUGAGAAGGGAAACACAGUGAUUUUGACACGUCUCAAGGAUAAUGAUCCCUCAAAAUUUGAUUUCGAUGAAAUUGUAAAGGCAGCUCUGUUGGGUCUUGAAAUAAUAAUAAGGGAUGAGCCCACAGCUGAAGGUUAUGUCUUCCUGUUUGACCAGACUGGGUUUUCUCUUCAACAUAUUGCCAGAAUAUCUGUGAACACAAUCAGGAAAUUUUUUGUAUAUGUUCAGGAAGGCUUUCCACUUAGAAUGAAAGCUGUACAUGUCAUCAACACAACAUCUGUCAUUGACAAGAUCAUGAUGCUUAUCAAACCAUUCCUUAAUAAGGAACUGGCCGCAAUACUUUACUUCCAUAAGGCAGAUAAUGCAGACUUCUACAAGGUGUAUAACAAGGAGUGGAUGCCAAAGGAUUAUGGUGGCAAAGAGAAAUCUGUUGCUGAAUUAAGUGGCGAAAUGCGAGAGCUGGUGACUAAGACAGGAGGAAGUUAUGUGGAGGCAGAGUCGAAAUGGAGAGUGGACGAGAGCAAGAGGCAAGGCAAGCUGAAGACGCAGGGAGACCUCUUCGGUGCAGAAGGCUCCUUCAAGAAGCUGUCCAUCGACUGAGAAGUGUGCGGGUGCAGAGAAUGAGUCAGCAGCCAGUGAGCUCCUGUCCAGACUUCGCAAGAUGCGUGCACUCUUUUUACACAACAGGGGCAAGAAAAUCUUGCAGGCUGUAUUCAGAAAUGGGACUGGUAUGUCCUACUUCUAAUAAAAGAAUGGGAUAACAUCUACGAUAUUCACUAUGCAGUCUACAUUCACUGUUCAGUCAACUGACAGUAGUGUAAAUGAAGUUGCGACACUCUCUGUUUGUAAAGAUUACCAUGUAAAAGAGCUACCAUGAUACUAAAAUAUAUAACAUAUACCUGAAA